AUGAAGAUUAGUUAUGGUGGAGCAAAUGUAAGAACUGCCUCUGGAAGGGGGGGAGCAGAAAAUAUAGCUAACGGUGAUGGGUAUGGCGACGUUGAAGGGUUAGCAGGAGAAUGUCCUCCAAGAAGGGUAAAGUAUGCUGCCUUUUUAAAACUUUUGAUGUUCUCCCUGUUCAUAGGGAUAGCACAGGGUUCACACGAAAGCACAAACCGUAGUGUCAUGAAAGGGACCCCCCUCCAGCGAGGACAAGCGACCGUGCACGAAUACGCAGACAGAUUAUUAGGAGAGCCGCCAAUGGAUUACGAAGAAGUGUAUGGGACAUUCAAAAAAGAAGUUUUGGAAAAAUUGGCAUGUGAUGAGGAACAAUGCCAGACAAUAAAAAGUUCUGUGAAGUCCUAUUUCGAUAGGAUAAAAUGGAAUAUGACAGAUCAACAGAAUGGAAAAGAAUCUGAGAUGGGAGAUGACAGAUCCAAUAAUGCCUUGGAUACGGGAAAUGAAGAAAGAAAGAGUUAUAAAUAUGCAGGAAUUUUCGGUUCGCUCAUAGAUUUAGUUUUAAAUUACAAUCUUACAUCUGUCACCAUCCUUAUCAUAGUUCUCGCAUACUUUAAGUCUGGAUACUUACCCGUCGCUAUGGGAGUAAUUAUACUACUAAAUAUAUUUUGGGAAUUGGAAAGCUUAAAUAAGAAAUUGAAAAUUUUGUAA